CGCGGAGCCUGGCGGGCGGGGUUGUGCUCGGCGCUCAGCCCCCGGCAGCGGCACUAGCAGCGCUCCCAGUUUUGGCAGAAGUCAACAUAAGGCAUUUUAAUGUCUGCCUAUUGGCACUGGAGGGUGAUCCUAUGUAAGGAAACUGGCAGCUGCAAUUGUUUCGUAACAGACAGCCAGUCGAAUGAGGGGAAAGAAGAAGAUAUUGAGCCACAAAUUGUGGUAUCGGACAUCAUCCAGCUUGUGCGAGAGAAGCAGCUAGUGCCAGCCAUGCACGCAGAAGAAAUCAUGCAUCAGGAUAUCAUUCCCCUCUGUGCUGCAGAUAUUGAAGACCAGUUAAAGAAGCAAUUUGCCUAUCUGUCAGGUGGCAGAGGAGAAGAUGGUUGCCCUGUUAUCACAUUCCCAGACUACCCAGCUUUCAGUGAGAUCCCAGAGAGAGAGUUUCACAAUGUCCUGACAUAUCUAACUAGCAUUCCAAGUUUACAAGAUGCUGGAAUUGGAUUUAUCCUUGUCAUAGAUCGAAGGCAAGACAAAUGGACCUCUGUGAAAGCCUCCAUUCUGCGAAUAGCGGCAUCUUUCCCAGGAAACCUGCAGCUGGUCCUUGUUCUGCGCCCAACAGGAUUUAUCCACCGAACUCUCUCAGACCUCGCUUUCAAAUUCAACAGAGAUGAAUUUAAAAUGAAGGUACCUAUCAUAAUGCUGGGCUCAGUAACAGAAUUGCAUGGUUAUAUUGACAAAACACAGCUAACAGAAGACCUUGGUGGCACUCUGGAUUAUUGUCAUAACAGAUGGCUCUCUCACCGCACUGCCAUAGAAAGUUUCGCCCUAAUGGUUAAGCAAACAGCUCAAAUGCUUCAGUCCUUUGGAACCGAAUUGGCUGAAACAGAACUACCAAAUGAUGUACAAUCAACCAGCUCCCUUCUUGCAGCACAUAGUGAAAAGAAGGACAAAAUGAAGGAGGAUUUGAGGUUAGCUUUAAAACAGGGACAUGAUAUCCUUGAAAGUAAUAGAAAGCCAGUUGCUGAGAACUCUGAUUACAAACUCAACCAAGAUCAACUUGACAAUCAAACCACUGUGGAAAGGCUUCUGGCUCAAUUAGAUGAAACAGAGAUUGCCUUUGAUGAAUUUUGGGCUAAACACCAACAAAAGCUUGAGCAGUGUGUACAGCUUCGAAAUUUUGAACAAACUUUUAGAGAGGUCAAAGCAGCUUUGAGUAUUGCGUCCGAGAGGUUAUCUGCUUUCACAGAUGUGGGAAACAGUGUUUCACAUGUGGAGCACAUUCUGAAGGAUCUUGCCAACUUUGAAGAAAAAUCACGUGAAUCCUUAGAAAACGCUAGGGUGCUAGCUUCUCAAGGUGACCAGCUUGUUCAAAAUAACCACUAUGCUGUGGACUCCAUUCUUCCCAAGUGCAAUGAGCUCCAUCAUCUCUGUGAUGCAGUUGCUACAGAGAUAGAAAAGAGGAGAGGUGGUCUUAAUAAAUCUCUGGAACUGCAUAGUCUAUUGGAGAAGUCCAUGAGGUGGUGUGAUGAAGGCAUUUACCUGCUAGCGUCACAACCUGUAGACAAAUGCCAGUCCCAGGAGGGCGCAGAAUCAGCUUUGCAGGAGAUUGAGAAAUUCCUGGACACAGGGGCAGACAAUAAAAUCAAGGAACCGAAUAAAGUUUAUCAACUAUAUGAACCCAUUCUCAACCAGGACCUAAUGGAACAUGUGCAAAAAGUUUUUCAAAAGCAGGAAAGCAUGGAAGAAAUGUUUCAAAAGAGACAAAUGAGCCUUAAAAAACUGGCAGCUAAGCAGACCCGUCCAGUUCAGCCAGUGGCACCAAGACCUGAAGUCUUUGUAAAAUCUCCUUGUCUCCCUCCAGGUCUUCAAAGAGGCUCUGACUAUGUGUCCAACACAGAAGAUAACAUGUUCCGGAGGAUGAACUACAGAAGACUAAAAUGUGAAAUGAGUGAAAUCCGUCAAAGCAGAGGUGGAUCUGUGAUGGAUGAUGAAGAAAACCUAGCUGUGUUACGAAGCCAUGUAAUUAAUGAACUUAUUGAAACUGAACGAGCAUAUGUGGAAGAACUUCUUUGUGUUCUUGAGGGGUAUGCAUCAGAGAUGGACAAUCCUUUAAUGAUGCAUCUCAUUUCACCAGGGCUCCUAAAUAAGAAGGAUAUUUUGUUUGGGAAUAUGGAAGAAAUUUAUCACUUUCACAACAGAGUAUUUUUGAAAGAACUAGAAAAUUACAUAGAAUACCCAGAGCUGGUGGGAAGGUGUUUUCUGGAAAGGAUGGAAGAUUUCCAGAUUUAUGAAAAAUACUGUCAAAAUAAGCCCCGAUCUGAAAGCUUAUGGAGGCAGUUUUCAGACUCUGCAUUUUUUCAGGAAUGUCAGAGGAAACUUGAUCACAAGCUGAGUUUGGAUUCCUACUUACUGAAACCUGUUCAGAGAAUAACCAAAUACCAGUUACUGCUGAAGGAAAUGCUGAAAUACAGCAAAAACUGUGAAGGAGCUGAAGAUCUGCAGGAGGCAUUAACCUCUAUACUCGGUAUUCUCAAAGCAGUCAAUGAUUCCAUGCACCAGAUUGCCAUUACUGGCUAUGAUGGAAACCUGAAUGAACUAGGCAAGCUUUUAAUGCAAGGAUCCUUCAAUGUAUGGACUGAUCAUAAAAAAGGUCACUCAAAAGUGAAGGAUUUGGCACGUUUCAAGCCAAUGCAAAGGCACCUGUUCCUCCAUGAGAAGGCAGUGUUGUUCUGUAAAAAGAGAGAAGAAAAUGGAGAAGGAUAUGAAAAAGCACCUUCCUACAGUUAUAAGCAUUCCUUAAACAUGACAGCUGUUGGAAUAACAGAGAAUGCUAAAGGUGACUCAAAGAAAUUUGAAAUCUGGUAUAAUGCAAGAGAAGAAGUUUACAUCAUUCAGGCACCAACUCCUGAAAUUAAAGCUACCUGGGUGAAUGAAAUUAGAAAAGUGUUAACUAGCCAACUGCAGGCAUGCAGAGAAGCUAGUCACCACAGAACACUAGAACAGACACACAGUUUACCUAUGCCUGCACCGACUUGUACAAGUCCUUCAAGGAUUCAGGGAAGAACUGUCAAAAAAGUAGAAGAGAGAAAAACUGAUCCCACAAGUCCAGAAGGUUGUGUCACCUCAGUAGCACCAAAGUACCCCGAGAAAGGCAAAGAUGAUACAGUAAUUAGUUCUACCUCAGAAUGCUCUGCACUGUCAAAAAAGCGCUUUACACUUCAGGGCUUUACUAACCUCAAAAGUCAGAAAGCUUCUCCUACCAGCCCUGACAAAAAAGCUAAACGACAUGAAGUAAAGAGUGAUCCAACUCCUUUUGGUUUAAGAGAUGCAAGUUCAGUAUUAACACUGGACAAGGCCAAAUGGCUCAGUACUUCUAAUCUUCUACCAGCAGCCCAGCGCAGGCAAGGUUGGGCUAAAACAUCUCAUUCACUUGAUGCCUCUGAAGAAAAUGAUGGUUGGUCUAGUGCUGAGGACCCACUUAAUUCAUCAGAUGCAGAGGAAGAAGAAGGAGAAGGGGGAGGAGAGAUUAAGCUGACUCCUGGUAAAUACACUGUUGUGACUGAUUAUGACAAAAGAGGUUCUGAAGAUCUUGCUGUGAAAAGUGGAGACCUCGUUCAGCUGAUCCGUGAAGGGGAAGACAGAAUUUGGUAUGUGAAGAAUCUGAGCACGGGGAAAGAAGGUUUGGUGCCAGCGAACAAUUUAUUGAUGCUCAUAGGCAACUCAAAAUCAGCUCAGUCUUUAAGCAGCUCUGAAUCAGGCACUGGAUGCAGUACUUUGAGUUCAUCAUCAAGUUAUAAUGAAAGUUGCAAUGCUGGCAGCACCAGCUUCUGAGACAUCAAGGGCUAAUGCUAACAUUUCCCCAAGUCGCCUGUGAACAUCCAGCAUCUUAUGCAGACUUCUGAAUGUUGGACUGAAAUGGAGAUCCAGCAUGUAUGUGUUUCCUGUCUCAUGUUUUAAAUGGUGAUUUACGGAGCCAUCCCUAGGAAGAGCUCGGUGAAAAGUAUGUGGAAUCUGAGAUUCUAAAGAAAAGUAAAUGAUCUGAAAUGGGAUCUUCUAGAAGCUUCUGAUCUGAAGUCUGAAUCUCAACAUGCGUUUUCCCAUGGAUAUUGCCAUCAGAUUUCUACAGACUCACCAUUUUACCACAACCAGAAGAAGAACAAGACAAGACAGGAAUGUGUUCCUCUGUGGUAAAUCCUAUUGUAAAAUAAUGAAAUAAAAAUAAUUGUAUAAUAUAGAAAUAAGGAUAAGAAAUCCGAGUUUACAGUUUACUCUUCCAAAAACCUUUCUGUAAGGAUACUUCUGGGUUAAUGCAGUAUAUGGAGUGUCUUUUACAAUAACCAGGAAUUAAAUGUAGGUCCAGCCAUUCUCUUGUCUUGAAUUUUUAGCACUCUGCUUUCUGCAGUAAAAUGCAUCUUCACAGGCUAUGGUGCAAAAGAAAUAGACAAUUCACUGACCACAACAACAUCAAAAGAAAAGACUAUUUUAUCUUUUCCAGCAUUUUUUACUGUGUCUAAUGGCCAUUUUUGAGGUAUUUUGGCCUCUGAACCAAGUUCUUUACCAAGAAUCACUGUGUUUACAUAACAUUGGUAAUUUAAUAGCAUGUUUGAUACAAAAUUAUUUUUCAUUACUAAGGUACAUACUGAAACACAAAAUAUUUGUAUUACUUAGUGAUUUCUUAAUAAUUUGUAAUACAGUGUGGUUAUCUUCAGCUCUAACAGUUAGAAGAUGAUUGCAGGCAAAUGAAACUAUGCUAGCUACACUAUAACGCUGAAGAUUUAUUGUGAGAAUUAGAAACCUGAACCUUUUAGCUAAGGAUGUAUGUUUGUAGAUUUACUAAAAAGGAUUAAAAAAUUUAAACAAUUGUGUAUUUUUUUCUAUAAAAUGGGAGGGUGGGGGCAAUAACUUUAUUUUAAAAAAAUCUGGACUGUGUUGUGGACAAAUAUUUUAAAUCCUUUUUUAAAGGGAGGGAAAUCAUAAACAUACAGUUUUUCAGAGUAUAAUGUAAAUGCUGUAAAUUAUCACCUCAGAUAUUCUUUGCAGUUCAGCCUUACAAAUGCAAACAGUGUAUCAAUUUUAAAAAUGUUUUGCUUCUACUGGAAUAUCAUUUUUUCCUGGUCUCUGUACUGUAUUAAUUAAAAUAAUCUGGCGUGUUGAGGGCUUGAUUUUCAGAAACACUGAGCACAGUGAGCUUCUGUUGUAAUCAGUGGGAGCUGCUGGUGCUCAGCCCCUAGAAGUCUCUCUUAAUAUAAGAAAUCUCGAUUUUACACUUGAUGAUGUGAACAGCUAAAAGAGAAAUGCCUCAAAGGAAUGAUCUUACUUUUCUAGUUUCCUGAAGGGAUUCCUGACCCAGUUACAAUCAAAAUGCAGCUGGCUGUGGCCAGUGCAUAAAUGUGUGUAUAAAUACAUAUAUAUGUAUGUGUCUAUGUGUUUGUGUGUGUAUAUAAUGUAAAAGAUGUAUUUAUAGUCUUCAUGCUGCUGAAAAUGUCACUUUACAAUUCAUAAAUACUUAAGUUUCUUGCAAUACUGCAGUAUGAAGGCUGGUCAGGGUUUUUACUUUAUGCAUCAUUUCCAAAAAAGGAUUAAUCUGUUCCUUCUUAAAGUAUCUUAAACUGUGCUAGCCAGGACUGUUUAGCCUGAUAUGUGAUAAUGAAAUAACAAUGUGCAGAGAUAUCGGUUUGCCUUCUUGUUUGUAAGUUAUUUUGUAAAUGAUCUGUAACAUAAUUUACUUAAAUAUAUUGCUCUCAAACAGUCCUAUAAUGAAACUAUCCUUUCAGCUGUCUCAUUGCAGCAUCCUUUCCAUUAUUUUUGUGAUCUUAUACACACCAUUGCACUUUAAUACAGCACAUUUCACUGUUUCCUUUUCUACAGCUGUUGUAAAUUAUAAGUACAAAAUCAGAGGUCUUUAUUGGAUGUAUGAAAGUUUGA